UUCGUGAGUCCGCGUGAACUGUGGUAUGACGUUCGCAUAUAGAAACUAAUCCGUGGUUUUCUGUGUAAGAAGUUAUGUGGAUUGGCUCAGUUCCCAAACCAGCUACCAAUACCAUUGGCUGUUGCAGAGGUUGUGCUGUUCCCAGUGGUUCUUGGCCAGCAUCAGACCUGGCAGCAAGCAUCCAGUGUGUUUCAAGGUUGCCAUGUCCUUUAUAUCUAAAGCUGAGCGACAAAAGUGCUGGGACUCUCGUGAUCGCUAUUGGGAUUGCCUUGAUAGAAACACAGAGGAGCGUGAGCGUUGCUUGAAAUUAAGGCAGGCUUAUGAGAAUUCCUGUCCAACACAGUGGGUGAAGCACUUCGACCGGAAAAGAGACUACCUGAAGUUCAAAGCACACAUAGAGAAAGAGGGGUAUGAGCCUCUGGACAAGAUCCCAUCCUCUCCAUCUGUUGUUCCCCAGUCUACAAGCCCUUUGCAGACAAUUACUCGAAGACAUCGAGUCUACAAAGAGCUGAUGGGGUAUAGAACGGAGAAUUGCAAGAGUGCAGACUUCUAGAACUGAUAAGAAGAAGGAACUGGACAGUUGUCAUAAUGGGAGACAC